AUGAAUAAUUUCUUAACCGGCAUCCUGUCGCAUAGCGAGAUGGAGAUCAUCAGUCACAUUCAGCCCAUCGAUCCCAGGCCAUGGUUCUUUCCCAAUCCAACAGAGGAGUCCUCCUAUGAGUGCCAACAUCCAACCCUUCUUCCCAACCUCUACUCUUACUUCUACCAACGCUAUCUCUCCUCAUUCUACUCAACCAAAACUGACACGGCACAUUGA